AUGGGUAACCAGGUGGUGAUCGCGAAGGCGGCGGCGGGCGUGGCGUCGGACUACUGGGUGCACGACCUGCCGCGCGGCGUGGUGCUCAAGGACGUGUUGGCGCCGGGCCGCUUCCUGAAGACGCUCGACUGCUUCCACCACGAGGGCCGCGUCAUCGUCAAAGUCUUCCUCAAACGCGCCGACCUCAACCUCCCGCUGCAGGCCA